AUGUUCAACCUCCAGUCUAUCGAGUUCAGUCCUAAACUUGAGACAGCAUGGGUCCAGUCCGGUGCUACGCAUGGAGAGAUCUACUACAGAGUCGCCAAUAAAAGCAACGAUCUACGUGGCUUUCCCGCCGUAAUCUGCCCCGGUUUAGGCGCUGGUGGACAUUUUAGCGGUGGUGGUUACGGUAACAUGAUGAGAAAAUACGGUUUAUCGAUCGACAACAUUAUAGACGCUAAAAUCGUUGAUGCUAAGGGAAGAGUCUUGGACCGAAACUCGAUGGGAGAAGAUAUUUUAUGGGCCUUACGUGGCGGUGGAGCUGCUAGUUUCUGUGUUGUCUUAGCCUGGAAGAUCAAGCUUGUUUCUGUGCCAGGGAAGGUCACGGUCUUUAACGUGGAAACUGUCGGAAACAGAAGUGGCGUGAACAGCACGGAACUUGUAGUGAAGUGGCAAGAGGUCGCAGACAAGAUCGAUAACAAUCUGUUCAUUAGGUUAACUUUAAGCACAAGCAACAAAACUGUGAAGGCUUCUUUCAUGGGAAUGUUCCUCGGAGAUUCUUCGGACCUUCUAGAAAUCAUGAGCAAGGAGUUUCCGGAGCUUGGUCUGAACAAAACAGAGUGUAUAGAAAUGAAAUGGAUUGAAUCGGUUUUGUUCUGGCUCAGUAUCCCACCCGGUACAGCACCAACAUCGGUUAUGCUAAACCGGAUCCCUCAAAAGCAAAUCUACCUCAAGAGAAAAUCUGAUUACGUCCAAAAACCUAUAUUAAGAACCGUUUUAGAUGCGAUAUUCAAGGUUCUGUUAGAGAACCAGAACGUGACAAUGGUUUGGAACCCGUACGGAGGGAGGAUGAGCGAGAUUCCAUCGACCAAGACAGCUUUUCCGCAUCGAGCAGGGAACAUGUUCAAGAUCCAGUACGCGACAAACUGGUUUGUGCCAGGGGAAGAAGUGGCUAACGAGUGUUUGAGCCAGACUGAGAGAGUUUUCGAAGCAAUGAGCCUUUACGUGUCAAAGAACCGAAGAGAGGCGUUUUUGAAUUAUAGAGAUGUGGACAUUGGCACGAGCUUGAACUCGACGUACGAGGAAGGUAAAGUGUAUGGGGUGAAGUAUUUUAAGAAUAACUUCGAGAGAUUGGUUAGUGUGAAGAGCAGAGUUGAUCCAGAUAACUUUUUCCGGUACGAGCAAAGCAUUCUGGUGCACUCCAGCCACUAG